CAUAGUUCCUCUUGCACAUGUCCUGCCCCUUGGGAUAUGGACAGGAGAAACCGCCGGAACCUGCAACAGGCUCUACAAGCAAGAAGGUAGAGCAGAAGGCGGCAGAUCCGCUCAGCAGCGAGCGGGAAGUGUCGACAAUCCCAUCUGCAGAUGGCUCGCCCUUCCUCUACCCCUCAGAGAAGCAGUUCUUCGGUGCGGCCACCGCCAAGGGCCACCGCCUGGAGACGCAGGACAUGAGCAUGGUGAUUGCGAUCCACAACGCGGUGAAUGAGCAGACAUGGCAAGAGAUUCUCAAGUACGAGAGCCUGCACAAAGAGGUCUGCGCUGAGCCGAAGCUCCUGCGCUUCCUGGGCCGGCCAGGAGAAUUGACUCCCAAGGCUCGCUGGACUAGCUUCUUUGGGCGAAGUCCGCCUUUCGACCGUCACGAUUGGCAUGUAGACCGAUGUGGCACACAAGUGCGAUAUGUAGUCGACUUCUACGAUGGGCACCAGAGCCCAAGCCACCCGGUCUCCAUCCAUAUCGAUGCUCGCCCAGAGGUCUCCUUCGAAGGCCUGAGGGAUCGCUUCGCGUUGUGGUGGAGAGGGAAGACGGGAUGACUUGCGAGAUCG